AUGUCCUCCAUUCGCUUCAUUUGCCAGCAUUGCCACCAGCCUCUGAUGCUGAAUCAGUCCCUGGAGAUGAUGGGUCUCAAAACCACCCGGAAAACUGCAACUUGGAAGCUCACCUCAGCUCAGUGGGAGUCGGGACAAGCCCAGGAGGGAGGCUCUAUCUCCUGGAGAGAUUCAGGUAUUGAAAACAUACAAUAUGAUGCCUCUGGUAGGACCUUCUCUGGCAGUGGAAGGAUCUCCAGGGACAAACCCCAAAAAUACAUCCUGCUUGGAAAGUUUGACUCCAUGACAACUCUUAAUAGCAUCCAGAAGUUCACAGGGGACUUUUUUGAUAUCCUCUCUAGUGAAAAAGAUGUGGACCAUCCCCUGUGUGAGAAAUGUACUGACAAACUUCUAGAGCAACUUGACUCCGAAAUUACUAUCACAGAAUCUGAGAGUCAGAACUAUAGAUGCUGUUUGGAGAGCAGGGAGGAGAUAGGUGAGGGUGAGAUAGAGACCCUGCAGGACCAGCUGAAGGGGCUAGAGCUGAAGGAAGCAAGACUGGUCCAGGAGCUGGGGGAGGUGGAGAGGAACCGUGAUAGAGCAGCAGCAGGUCUCAAGGCAGCCCGGGCUGAGACAGAGAUGCUGGAACAGCAGGAAAUACUGUACCAGAGGGAGCACAGCUUUUUGCAAUGGCAACAGCUGCAACUGCUGGACGAGCUGAAUAGUGUGGAGAAUCAGCUAUGUCGUGCCCAAAACCAGCAGGCCCGGCUGAAGAAAACCAACAUUUUCAGGGCCACCUUUGAGAUCUGGCAGGAUGGCCCCUUGGGCGUCAUCAAUAACUUCAGAUUGGGCUCCCUGCCCACUGUCCCUGUGUGCUGGAGUGAAAUUAAUGCAGCCUGGGGACAGACAGCCUUGCUGCUCCUUGCCCUGUCCAACACAAUUGGGCUGAAGUUUCAGAGGUAUCAACUUAUGCCCUGCGGGGACCAUUCCUAUCUGAAGUCUCUGACAGAGGACUCCGUUGAACUGCCAUUGUUUUGUGGUGGGGGCAAGACUAAUUCUAUGGAUGACAAAUUUGACCAGGCCAUGACGGCUUUUUUGGACUGCAUGCAGCAGUUUAAGGAAGAGGCAGGGAAAGGCGAGUUGGGUCUCUGCUUCCCCUAUAGGAUUCAUGUAGAGAAAGGCCUGUUGGAAGAUCCUGGAGGCAGCGGUAAAUUCUAUUCUAUCAGAACCCACCGCAACACUGAGGAACAGUGGACAAAGGCACUCAAGCUCAUGCUUACCAAUUUUAAGUGGAGUCUUGAUUGGGUUUCCUUAAGGUAUCAAAAAUAA